UCUAAUCUAUCAGUCGAGAAAGGAGUUGUGCUACCACAUCCUAAACAAACUCUUACCUCUCUCUCUCUCUCUCUCUCUAAUUUUGAACAAUUUGAACUCGACAAUCGUCUCUUUAACAGAGGAAAAGAAAGAGAGUCAGUUUAGUCAGUUAUCGUCAUCCCUCCCCGCUUUAUAAAAGAGAGUCUCACUCGUCUUUGAAUUCCUCCCAUCGUUCACCACAAUUGAGGUGGGCAUUUCGACGAACAUCCUGUCUACGUUUUGAAUGGGAGAGGAGGCGUCGAUCGCGGUAGUGGCGUUGGUCUUGCAGCCCCCUGGCGCGGAGGAAGUGCCGCACCUCUUCGUCCCGCCGCCCAACUUUGCCAUGGUCGGCUGCGGCCUCUACCGCUCCGGUUUCCCGGACGCCGCCAACUUCUGCUUCUUGACGACGCUCAGGCUCCGCUCCGUCUUGUGUCUUUGCCCUGAGCCCUACCCGGAGGAGAACAUGGAGUUCCUUCGGGAGAACGGGAUCAAGCUGUUCCAGUUCGGGAUCGACGGUUGUAAGGAACCGUUUGUCGACAUUCCAGAAGAGACAAUUUGCGAGGCCCUCGAGGUUGUUCUUGAUGUCCGAAACCACCCGCUCCUAAUUCAUUGCAAACGAGGAAAGCACCGAACCGGUUGCAUCGUAGGCUGCCUAAGAAAGCUUUGUUGGGCUGAUGGCCCAUAUUCAGCCCAAGUGGGCUUUAUCAGCCCACAGCUCACACCCCCUCUUAACCUAACCCUAAUUAAGAUUAGGGGGGUGUGGUGGCUGCGUUUUAGAGACAGAUUAAAGCUAUAAAAAGGCAGCAACGAGGCAGAUCUUUGUAGCGACGAGAUUCCAAAGAGAAGAAGGAGAACAAGGCAGAAGAGGAAGAGAAAGAAAGGGAAGAAGACAAGGACAACGCAGAGAGACUGUUCACAAUCAUCUAGCAGUGUUCUCAUCUCAGGUUAGAUCAAAUCUACAGUAGGCUCUUGCUGUGAUUACUUGGGAGGUUUUAGAUAUUGUGGGCAGUAACGUGAUCCUUGUAUCCCAGUUAUUUUCUUGUGGUUGUUGCUUGGGUUUUGGGCAAAAGAUUGAGAUUUGUAUAUUCAUUAUUCUCAUAGUGGAUUAUCUCUAGUUUGCCCCGUGGUUUUUACCCUUCACAUUGAAGGGGUUUUCCACGUA